AUGCUGAUCAGGAUAUAUCUUAUCCAGGUGGAGUCGAGCUGGAGAUCCGCGGUUCGAAAAAAAUUUGAGGAGAGCCGAGGAAUCCCUGCCAGUUCGUGCGCCUCCUCUUCCUCCUUCUCCUCCUCCUCCCCUCUCACCGCCGCAGCCAAUGAGAACGCCCGGGGCCCUCAGAGGACGCUCACAAUAAAAACUGGCACCUCCUCCGCAACAACAUUUAAAGCAGACAUAGUGUUCCAGUGUGUCUCUCGCUGUCUGAUGGUCACUAUGCUCAGCCUGAAGCAAGCUGCUCUGUUCUUCAUUCAGCUGUUGAAUACGUCUAGCGUCUUUGCAGGGACUUUCAUAGCAUACCACUGGGAUGUGUCGGUAUCCAGAGGAGACUUAAUCCAGCUCACUUGCAACAUAUCCAACAACAAUACAAAAAUGAUCCAAUGGACCAAAGACAGAUAUUAUUUUUCACACUCCUACUCCUCUAAUCGAACUUUUUCAAAUUUCUCCUCUAACAGUCUGAGAAUAGACCUAAAAGUACCAUCUACGUUUAAUAUUUCUAAUGCUCAGCAUGAUGAUGCAGGACUUUAUACAUGCAUUAUAACUGAUAGUAACGGCUUUAACAAUAUGACAUGGAAUGUAACAGUAAAAGUAUUUGAGAACCAAAAAGAAAUCAGUUUAUUACUGUAUAUUACAUUCACACUACUACCUGCCUUUGGACUGAUUUUAUGUUGCACAGCAUUAGCUGUCUGCCUCUGGAGAAAAUGUGGUAGCAUAAAAGAAAAUCAGAAACCAGUCCAGAACCAGUCUCUGCCUCAAUCAGGACAGAGUGUCCCCGCUCAAAUGCAACUUGGUACAGGCCAGUGGAGGAAUAAAAGGCAGAGGAAAGAGUACAUCGAAAGGCUAAAUUCAGUUUAUGGUGAACUCUAAGCUCAGGUGCCUUUUAUUUACUUCAAGAGAGAGACCCAGUUUGGAGGACAUUUGUUUUUUUUGUAUCAAAGUAGAUUCCAUGAAAUGUCAAUAAAAGAAUGUCCCACAUUAACAACAUAACUUUCUUUAUAUACUGUUUAAUCUGCAAAAGGUUUUUGUACUAAUGUAAUUUGUGGAAUGCUUUCACAAUAAGUUCUGCUGUAUAAGAGAAUCAGUGCAAUAUCUACUCUGGUUCAUUUGGGUUGAUUUUACUGGUUUACUGCAGUGUUGUAUAACGUAUGCCCAGUAGAGGGCAGGCGACGUCCUGCCAAAAGUCAUAAUGCCUUAAUAAGUUUACAUUGUAUAGAGUCAUUUUAAACAUCAUCUCAUUUGCAAACACUAUUUUUACGUUGUCUCUGUUUUCUAAACCAGUCUGCAACAUAUUAUUGUCUGUGGUGACGGUCCUGUGUACUGAUCGACUGUGAAUAGCAUCUUGUCCUAUUCUCAAUAAACAAUUAUAAAAA